AAUACUACCUCUAAAGCCACGCCCACUGAAGUUCUUCAUACUGUAAAAGCGACACUAGACGUUUUAGUUGUAGUUGCCGUUACAAAGCUGUAGAUUUAUCCGGUCUGCAUUCAUCAUGAAUCCCUCAGGUUAUAACAAACCAGGAAAAACCUUCCUUUUCACAUCCGAGUCUGUAGCAGAAGGACAUUCUGAUAAAAUGUGUGAUCAGAUCAGUGAUGCUGUUUUGGAUGCUUACCUGGCACAGGACCCCGACUCCAAAGUGGCUUGUGAGUGUGUGUCGAAGACUGGUAUGAUCCUUCUGUGUGGUGAAGUGACAUCAAAGGCUGUCGUGGACCUUCAGAAAGUGGUUAGAGACACUGUCAAGAAUAUCGGAUAUGACGAUUCAUCAAAAGGUUUUGACUACAAGACGUGUAAUGUGCUGGUGUCUCUCCAGCCGCAGUGCUCUGAGAUCAGCGACUGUGUGUUCGAAGGCCGAGAUAUGGAGGACAUCGGCGCUGGAGAUCAGGGUCUGAUGUUUGGCUACGCCACUGAUGAGACAGAAGAGUGUAUGCCGCUAACCAUCCUACUAGCUCACAAGCUCAAUGCCAAAAUGAAGGAACUCUCUAAGACUGGAGUUUGUCCUUGGAUUCUUCCAGAUGGAAAAACACAGGUGACUGUGGAGUAUCGUGAUAACAUGGGUGCCAUGGAGCCUCUGCGCAUUCAUACUUUGGUCAUCUCAGUCCAGCACACUGCUGACAUCACGCUGGCUGAUAUACGUCACAAUCUAAUGGAGAAGGUUGUUAAGACCGUCAUCCCUGCCAAAUAUCUGGAUGACAAGACUAUUUAUCACCUGCUGCCCAGUGGGAAGUUUCUUAAAGGUGGUCCACAAGGUGAUGCCGGUCUGACGGGCAGGAAGAUCAUUGUGGACACCUAUGGUGGAUGGGGCGGUCACGGUGGCGGGGCGUUCUCAGGGAAAGAUUACUCUAAAGUGGAUCGCUCCGGCGCUUACGCUGCCCGCUGGGUGGCCAAGUCUCUCGUCAAAGCCAAACUCUGUCAUAGAGUUCUGGUUCAGAUCUCAUACGCUAUUGGUAUCAGUCAUCCCUUGUCAGUGUCUGUUUUUCAUUAUGGCACAUCAACGAGAGAUGAGGACGAGCUUCUAGAGAUUGUUAAGAAGAAUUUUGACCUGAGGCCAGGAGUCAUUGUCAAGGAACUUGAUCUAAAGAAACCGAUUUACCAGAAAACAGCCUGCUACGGACACUUCGGACGAGAGGAAUUUCCUUGGGAAAAGCCGAAGAAGCUCAUCUUCUGAUAGAGACAAAGAAUUACAGUUUACAUUCCUAUUGAUUUUUAAUGAUUAUGACUGUAUUUUUGUGAAUGCAUUUUACAAAUGCUUUACUGUGAUCAAAACUUUAUAAUGGCUAUAUAAUCAUUUUCUUAAGAGAAAUCUACACUAGCUUCUUAUUCCUCAAGAGAAUACAUUAGAAUGAAACAUCUUUUAUAUGAAUUAACAGAAUUCAGUUACAGUCACUGAAUUAUGUGGAAAAUGUUUUUUGGAAAAUUAUUAUUUUUUUAUUUCUAUUGCUGCAUAUAUCUUAUGCAUCAUAUAAUAUCUGUGAUGUCUGUGAGGGUAAAACCCCUUUUUAAUGCUGCAGUGGUUAUUACACCAUUUACAUGUUUUAAUGUGUAUCCAAUCAAUUGUUGAUUAA